AUUAUUAAAAUCUUCCUUAUGUAUAGCAGACUUUUUUCAAAAUAAUAAUCUUCACUGAUUAAGUUUCCAAAAGGUUGAAGAGACUGAAUUCAUUCUGAUACAUUUCAUCUAAUCUGUCACUAUUACCCUGGGAAUAAGGCGGAACUCGACUCCAAAGUCGAUGUGUACAUUGAACGCAUUGGCGGGCUACCCCAAGACCGUUUCCUUGGAAACAACACGCUGCUAUGUAGAGUAUCGGAUUUUUUGUUGAAUUAUAAUCCAGGCACUGUUGAUUUUCUUCGAUUUAAUCGAUUUUGUGACUCCAGUGUAUCGAUCAGUCUGGGCUUCAAAGCAGCAGAGAGCCUAAGGACGACGAUGAGAAAAGUUGCCGAAGAAAUUUUGUAACAAAGGGAACUAGGCCUACUUCAAAUCGAUUACAAGUGCCACGCUGUAACUUUAGGCUGCAAACGUCUACCUCAGUCAGCACUUACACCAGAGGCAACCGGUUACCGGGUUCGGAAUUACUCCUUAACUGUGAAGGGUUUUCUUUCUCUUUCCAACAUCAUGCUUGUUUUCCCGAGGAAGGCUUGAUUCGCACGUAGCUCACUUUGACGAGGAGGUACCAUGAAGUUCCGAAGUUGGCUAACGUUACUGUUGCUUGCAGAAUCAAUCCAACUCGCAAGGCAAUCGUGUUCGAGUCUGGACCCAUAUGUGGACCGAACGCCAGGAUGGAGCUCCGGUGACUACUGUGCCCCCAGCGUUCCUCUCAAUAACUACGAGAACUGCAUUGAUGCUCUAGGCAUGCAGUCCCGCGAAAUCCCCGACGAUCAACUCAGCGCGUCCAGCAUGUACAAUAACGACCCAGAGUACGGAGCAGCGUACGGCCGCGUCGGCGAUGCUCGCACGGCGGGAACGGGCUGGGUGGCCGGUGUCAGCGAUACUAACCAAUGGUUUAAGAUAGACAUCGGGUUUCUCAGUGUUGUCGCUCGGGUUACCACGCAGACUCGCGGAUGGAGAGGAGAAACUAAUUAUGUUACAUCGUAUACAAUUGAAUACAGCAUAGACGACGUUACCUACACUGCGUAUGAAGAAAGUGGCUCUGUAGUGACGUUUGCCGCAAAUGACAUUCCUUACAGCGUCAUCCAUAACGACUUGAGCAAUCCUGUUCUGGCUCGUUACAUCAAGAUUCUCCCACAGACGUGGAACGCUCAGAUCGCGAUGAGAGCAGAACUGUAUGGAUGUAAACACACUAUUGCAAGCGAUGAGCAAGCGCUCCUCGAUGCCAAUCUUGUUGAGGGUUGGUACUACGAUACAAGCGGAGGUAGCGCCACCAUCCGUUACAUGGUUGAUAUCUUCAGUGAUCGAAUUGUGUUGGAGUCUCCGCUGGGCAUGGAGGAUUCUACCAUACCAGACGGUGACAUCACUGCAUCUAGCACCGAGACUGGUUCAGAUCCUACCAACGCGAGGCUGAACGGUUUAAGUGGAUGGACAGCAGACACUGCCGACACGAACCAGUAUCUCAUCAUUGAUUUGAAAGGAAACACGUUCAUCUCCAAGAUUCAAGUUCAAGGGGCAUCAUCAUCCUCGUUUACGGAGACUUACUAUCUGGAGAGCAGUCCGGACGGUUUGACUUACACUGCCUAUAACUAUGAGAGUUCACAGAAGGUGUUUACCGGUAAUAGCGGAGACGGCAAUACCGGUGUGACGGAAUUUCUCCCCGUUGCCCUCUUCACGCGUUUCCUCAAGAUCAAUCCGCAGACCUGGACUGGUUCCAAACCCUCACUGCGUGUUGAGCUUUACGGAGAGAGAAUAGUCGGCGACAACUGUGACUUCUGGUACAACGUUGGUAAAACCACGCCAGCGUUUUACGUAGUUAACGUUACAUCCAAUCCAGUCACGUACGAUGGUGUCUACUGUGGUUUCAGCAACGCGUACACCAGUUGCUUAGACUAUAAGACAGCAGGCAACACGGUGGAUGGUUACCAUUGGAUCUACGCAGCAGGAGCUGGUAACGGAUUUCCCGUGUAUUGUUACUUCAGCAUGAUUCAGAAUGAUGGCGCAUACACCGUGAUAUCUCACGACACACAAGAGGAAGUGAUCUUGAGUACUGCCACUCUGUCUCAGCCCUACUCAAGUGCUGGAUCAAAUGUCCAUUCCUUUACCUACUCAAACAACGUUGACAUUGCCGAGAUCGCCACUGUCGCUGCCGCGUCACACUUCUGCCACCAGUCACUCUACUACGUCAGCUCGGGUGCAAAGAUCUGGGCCAGCAACGGCCAGCAGCUGGUCUGGUGGGAAUCCAACAGUGACGAGCAGAUGACGUACUGGGCCGGGGCUGACCCGGCUGGUGCAAGUGGCUGUCUGUGUGGUCAGCUGGGGAAUUGCCUUUCAAACAAAGACAAGUGUAACGCUGACAGCAAUGGGAAAUCAGGGGAGAGUACGUACGAUGGAGGAUUCAUCACCGACAAAAGCAAACUACCAGUGAAAACGCUGAAGAUCGGCGGAAUCAGUACCUCAGAGUCAGCCUCUUACACAUUAGGCAACCUGGUGUGCAUGGAUUCUUCCACUACGCUGCCCACAUCUUGCCGAAAUGCCCAAACAGCCGGCUACACAACCGAUGGGUACUACCUGUUAGAUCCCGAUGGAAGCAGCGGGUCCCUACAACCUGUGCUAGUUCGAUGUGAUUUCAGCACGGUCAAAAACGCCCCCACUAUGGAGGUUGGGCACAACUUUGAAGGUGACAAUGAGAUCGCAGAGUAUUCCCAGAGCGGAGGUUUCUCCAAAGACAUCGCCUACUCGGACGGUGCCAGCGUCGCCACGCUUACCAGUCUAGUCGGGAGCGCAACGGCCUGCACGCAGUACUUGGGACUCCAAUGCAAUGGUUUUGACAUUUAUCAGAGCAGCAACAACUGGAAUGCUUGGUGGGUGGCCCAAGACGGCACGGACAUGAACAACUGGUCCGGUACCACAACGGCGGGCAAGUGCGCUUGCGGUGUGACCGGCUCCUGUUACUCCACGUCAGAGGACUGCAACUGUGCGACCUCUUCGUCCACUUGGCUGGAGGAUAAGGGUUACAUCACUGACCCGAGUGCACUCCCAGUCAGCCAAAUCAGAGUUGGUAGAACCUCCAGCAGCCAGAGGGCUAUCAUUACGCUGGGCAAAUUGAAGUGCCACGAAAGAGUUGGGACGCAAGUCAAGACGUGUUAUGAUGCCAAGCAGGGCGGAGCCACCGAUGACGGUUACUACCUCCUUGAUGCAGACGCGAGUGGCUCCGCAAACGCAUUCAUCGCUGAGUGUAACGUGACCUAUAACUCGACACACGCCAGCGUCAUCUUCAAUCACGACAGCGAGUCCCGCACGCACGUCGCCGGCGCGGGAUCGGCGGGCUCCUUCAUUCAAUCCAUCGUUUACGAAAACAUGGACGUGGACCAGCUCGCGGCACAGUUUACUCUUCCUUCCACCGACUACUCUCAGACGUGCUUGCAGCAUAUUUCCUACGAGUGCUUUGAUGCGAAGCUUUUGAAGAGCGGGACCAGUUGGUGGGUGUCUUUUAGCGGUGCAACCAAGACCUAUUGGGGCGGGGCCAGUGGUCAGGAUGGAUACUGCGCUUGUGGUUUGGACGGCACAUGUCAGGAUGCUAGCGAGAAGUGCAACUGUGACGCAGAGCAAGCUUCUUGGCUGCAGGACAGCGGCUACCUGGUCGACUUCAGGGACGAAGCUCUCCCCGUGGUGCAGCUGCGCUUCGGCGACACCGCUGGCGGAGCUGGCAGCGAGGAAGGUUACUUCACGCUGGGCAAGUUGGAGUGCUUCAUCUCCGACCGUGAGUACCCGUACCCCGCCGAUGGCCUGGGUUUGCUCAGGGACAGUCGAGGUCAAAACAUCUCACAGAGCAUAACGCCGCUGCGUCUGCGCAAGCGCGUGUCGUGUAGAGCAGGGAGCGCGUGGCGUCACCUUUUCUGUUUGAGUUUUUAUUUUGCAGAUUUGCACUGGCAAGGCCAUGCUAGAGGUGAAACCAAAAUGGUGAAAGCUGUCUUAUGACAAGAUCUAUGGAGAUCUACAUCAGAGGGAAUGGCAUGAGCGAGAAAGCAACAAACAAGGCUUGUUUAGUCGACAGUCGUGUAUCAAGCUCUAGGAAGAAGAGGACAGCGCACUGUGGGACAAACUGGAAAACUGUUUUCUGCACCAAGUCCAGCACAAACAACAGCCACGACAUGAUGAGAGUACUAGACUUGUGGGCAUCUAUUAGGCGUAUACAGGAAAUUACUAAUGUUGCUGUGUUCGAACUUAGCUACGGCCGGCAAUAACCCGCACGUCUUAGGGAAAUGGCUUCAGUCGCUUAUAGCUAGUGACUCCUGAUCCAAUAGCAGUCUUGAGCAAAAACACCCCUCAUCGAUUGAAAAGUGCCAGCCUGGUUGGGAGCAUUCAUUUUUCUCGUAGCGACGCUACUGUAACUCUUGCAAAUUUCAUAUAUCGUUUGUGAGCCAGCGAAGUGCAGUUCCGACCAAAGGAGCCUGCGUUGCUGAUACAUUGCGCCCUCUCUUGGUCCAGCUUAGGCCUUAUGCAAAUUAAGAAACGGCCCAGAUUAAGUAGAGGGAAAUCUUUAAAGUCUACAGAGUAUCUUCGAAUCACUUCACACGUCUCGAUUUUUUAAAAAAAUUGCUUUUAAUGACACCGGAUGUAAAUGAUUUUUUUUGCAAGGGAUACAUCUUCUGUAGUCUGGGUUCAUGUCAAAAUGUUCAAAAUGGACACGGCAAUAAUGACGUGAUUUUCAGCGUCAAGAUGUGGGGAAGAGCGGGUUUUUUUGGUACCCAAUUGUUAGGUUUUGGGGGGAGCAGUGAAGUUGAUGGACUAGUAUGUUGGGUCAACACACUUCAGUCUUCAUAGGACAAUAAACAGUGCAAUGACUGAUUCAAUAAUCCGUAGACGGGACAGCUCUUCGAUAUGAAUGCAUAUCAUGAAAGUGAGCUCCAAUGUUAGAGGAGGCAUUUAUUGUUACUCAGAAGAAACUUGUGACAUAAAGAGCUAACUGAUGAUUCUCAUCAAGGCCUAAGGUUUGUCACCAGUAAGAAAUAAAAUCGGAAAAGAGUUUCGAAGAA